AUGCAGAAGUCUUUGAGGAGGGGGAUGGCUCUUCCUAUUCAUGAAGCCUGCAUACUUCUGUUGGUAAUCUCUGGUUUGGUCACCCCAGCUGCCAUCAAUCAUGAAGACUACCCUGCUGAUGAAGGUGACCAGGCCUCGAGUAAUGACAAUCUGAUCUUUGAUGACUAUCGAGGGAAAGGGUGUGUGGAUGACAGCGGCUUUGUAUACAAAUUGGGAGAACGUUUUUUCCCAGGGCAUUCCAACUGUCCAUGUGUCUGUGCUCUGGAUGGACCUGUUUGUGACCAACCAGAAUGCCCUAAAAUUCACCCAAAAUGUACUAAAGUGGAACACAAUGGAUGCUGUCCUGAAUGCAAAGAAGUGAAAAACUUCUGUGAAUAUCAUGGGAAAAGUUACAAAAUCUUGGAGGAAUUUAAGCCCUCUCCAUGUGAAUGGUGUCGCUGUGAGCCCAGCAACGAAGUGCACUGUGUUGUAGCAGACUGCGCAGUUCCUGAAUGUGUCAACCCAGUCUAUGAACCAGAACAAUGUUGUCCUGUCUGCAAAAAUGGUCCAAACUGCUUUGCAGGAACCACAAUAAUUCCGGCUGGCAUUGAAGUGAAAGUGGAUGAAUGUAACAUCUGUCACUGUCACAACGGGGACUGGUGGAAGCCAGCUCAGUGUUCAAAACGUGAAUGCCAAGGCAAGCUGACUGUUUAA